AUGUCCCACAAGGCUCUUCUUGAUCUGGACCUCUUUGCCCACGAUGCUGGAGUCCUGGAGACCUUUGGCCCCACCCUGAAGAUCACCAGGCCCUCAGGGACACACGUCCAUGUGCAUCAGAGAGUGAAUCACACUCGCCACACGAGCCGCUUCUAUCCCUCGUCCCUGCACCUCACCUGGAUGGAGAACAGACACAAGAUUCAGACCGUGGAGUCCCCCCAGGCAGAGGCCAUGCUGGACGGGAGCGAGUUUGCCUUCUGGGUGGUCCAGGAUGAGCAGCCCCCAGUUCAGGCCAACAUCACCCUGCUCAGGCAUCAGGCUGGGGAAAGCAGCCUACACACACACAAGCCCAUUGGGAGCCCAGGAGCAGCAGGUGCGGAGGAGCUGCAGGUGCUUCAGCCUGAGAAGUCAGUGUCUGUUGCAGCAGGAGAGACGGUCACUCUGCACUGUAUCAUGACCUCCCUCAUCCCCAUUGGGCCCGUCCAGUGGUUCAGGGGGACAGGGCCAGGUCGGGAGUUAAUCUACAGUUUCAAAGGAGGCCACUUCCCCCGAGUAACAAAUGUUGCAGACACCACAAAGAGAAACAGCAUGGACUAUUCCAUCCGCAUCAGUAACAUCACCCUGGCAGACACUGGUAUCUACUACUGUGUGAAGUUCCAGAAAGGGAGCCCUGAUGACGUGGAGUUUAAGUCUGGACCAGGCACCCAGCUGACCGUGAGUGCCAAACCCUCUCCCCCCGUGGUAUCGGGCCCCAUGGCGAGGGCCCCACCUGAGCAGACAGUGAACUUCACGUGCGAGUCCCACGGCUUCUCCCCCAGAAACAUCACCCUGAAGUGGUUCAAAAAUGGGAAUGAGCUCCCAGCCUCCCAGAUCAACAUGGACCCAGAGGGAGACGGCGUUUCCUACAGUGUCUCCAGCACAGCCAAGGUGGUGCUGGCCCCGGGGGAUGUUCGCUCCCAGGUCAUCUGCGAGGUGGCCCACGUCACCCUGCAGGGGGGCCCUCCUCUUCGUGGGACGGCCAACUUGUCUGAGACCCUGCAAGAAACGGCCUCAACACUCAUAGAGAACAAGGAUGGCACCUUUAACUGGACGAGCUGGCUCCUGGUGAACUCAUCUGCCCACAGGGAGGAUGUGGUGCUCACCUGCCAGGUGGAGCAUGACGGGCAGCCGGCGGUCACCAAACACCAUACGCUGGAGGCCUCUGCCCACCAGAAGGAGCAGGACACAGGUGGAACCCCUGUCCUCAGGGCCCAGCCAGUCUGCUUCCUCGUCCUCCUGUUGGCGGGCUGGAGCAGAGUGCAAGAUGCCUCCAUGACCCUGCUGCAGCAGGAUGCCCAGCCUGCCCCGGGCAUCUGA